UCUCUUUUUGUUGAUUUUUUUUUGCAGAAUUGUUCAGCUCCAGGAAACGGUGUGAAGAGGAUCAAGGUUUCUGUCAGUCCUGGGAAGGCAGAUUGCUGAGGGAGGGGAGAGGCGGCGAGACCUGGGGCUGAGACACCAAAAGAAUAAAAGAAACAAAACUUCUUAUGGCUUCAUAGAUUUUCCCCAUCGCUGAAUUUGACGAUUCCCAAUUUUGCAAUUUUUUGUUUCUUUUGGAAAUCAGCCGUUGCCGGGAGCUGCUCAGGAUGGAUGAUCGGAGUCGGUGGAGAUGGAAGAGGCGAUUUUGGGACUGUAUUCUAACACUGCAGAUUGCUAUCCUCUCAUUAACAACUUGCGCCGGUGCAGUGGAGCCAGUGGACAUCCUGAAAAUUCUAGAACUUCACACUUUACCCGAUGGAAUACAGAAAAUAACGGGACUUUGCCCCAACAGAAAAUUGACCAAAACUGCAGAUGUUGCCUAUAAGGUUACGAAAUUGGCCCAGCUCAGUGCACCAACCAAACAGUUGUACCCAGACACACCGUUCCCCGAGGAUUUCUCCAUCUUGAUGACGGUGCGAGCCCAGAAAGGGAGAAGUGCCUUCCUGCUGUCCAUCUACAAUGAGCAGGGAAUCCAGCAGCUGGGCGUGGAAAUCGCCCGCAGCCCCGUGUUCCUCUAUGAAGACCAGACAGGGAAGCCGAGUCCUGAGGAGUAUCCCAUCUUCAACGGAGUCAACCUGUCCGAUGGGAAGUGGCAUCGAGUCGCAAUCAGUGUUCACAAGAAAACCGCCACUAUGAUUGUGGACUGCAAGAAGAAGUUCACCAAGACAUUAAACAGGAGCAAGCGGCCGGAGAUUGACACAAAUGGCAUCGUGGUGUUCGGCACGAGGAUACUGGAUGAAGAUGUCUUUGAGGGCGAUAUCCAGCAACUCUUGAUCAUACCUGACCACAGAGCAGCGCAUGACUACUGCGAACACUAUAGCCCUGACUGUGACACCCCACUCCCCGAAUCACCACAGUCUCAAGAUCCCAACGUUGACGACUUUGACCCUGUGGAGGACAGUUACUAUUACGAAUAUCCUUAUUAUGAAGAAUUCCCAGACGACUAUACGGAUAAGCCCACUGAAAAAUUGCCAGAGUACGGAGAGCAGAUCACCGGUCCUAUCACCGCAGUACCAGAUCAACAAGAGAGCCAGACUGAAAGGACGGAAGACGUGUUUGAGGAAAUCACGAUGACCCUCCCUGAAACCACACCUGCGGAAUACCCCACAGUGGAAACGGGCUACUAUGAUAAUUAUGGAGAUGAAUAUUAUUACCCAGACUUGUCAAGCACAGAUAAGACAUUAGACAAAGAGGAUGUUCUCGUGACUUCAGGGCAAGAAUUCGAUAAUGAGACGAGCCACACCUUGGAGAGGAGGGUAUUCAGCCCUAACGAUUCUGCGUAUGAAGAAAAUCCUGAGCAUACAAUUGAGAUUGUCGAGGAAGCAAUACCUGGUCAAGGAGCAACAACCGAGGACAAGUUCAACGUAACAACGAUCAAUGAAGAAGAUCCCAACACAUACUUUGAUGAAUAUGAAGUUUACUAUGAUUAUGAUGAUGAUGUUACUGAAACAGAUAUUGGCCGUGGCUCACCAGCCAUUACUGACUUUGACCAAGGCAGGGGCGAAGGUUUGAGAGGCGAGAAGGGUCAGAAGGGGGAGCCAGCCAUCAUUGAACCUGGCAUGCUGAUUGAAGGCCCCCCAGGGUUUGAAGGUCCACCUGGUAGACCAGGGCAAGCUGGGCCUCCUGGGCCUCCUGGGCCUGUUGGUGAUCCUGGUUUGAGGGGCCCAGUAGGUCGAUCUGGCCUUCCUGGAGCUGACGGGUUACCUGGACCCCCAGGGACCCUCCUUAUGCUGCCUUUUCGGUUCACUGGAGGUGGCAGCGCCGGAGAGAAGGGACCAAUGGUGUCGGCCCAAGAAGCUCAAGCACAGGCAAUAUUACAACAGGCCCGGCUGGCGUUGCGAGGUCCAUCGGGACCAAUGGGAUUGACUGGCAGGCCUGGUCCCAUGGGGCCACCUGGAUACUCUGGAAUAAAAGGUGAAAUGGGAGACCUGGGUCCUCAGGGUCCAAGAGGCGCCCAAGGUCCACCUGGUCCCACAGGGAAGCCAGGUCGCAGGGGUCGAGCGGGAGCUGACGGAGCCAGAGGGAUUCCAGGCGCUCCUGGACGAAAGGGUGAUCGAGGCUUUGAUGGGCUUCCUGGACUACCAGGGGAGAAGGGGAACAGAGGAGAUGCAGGGCCUCAAGGACAACCUGGGCCACCGGGAGAGGAUGGAGAGCGGGGGGAUGAUGGAGAAGUCGGCCCACGAGGGUUGCCCGGUGAACCAGGCCCCCGUGGUUUACUCGGACCAAAGGGACCAGCGGGACUUCCUGGACCCCCCGGAAUAACAGGAAUGGAUGGCCACAAUGGUCCCAAGGGGAGUCAGGGUCCUCAAGGUGAACCUGGACCUCCUGGGCAGCAAGGAAACCCCGGUGCUCAGGGUCUUCCAGGGCCACAAGGUGCAAUCGGACCCCCAGGAGCUAAAGGUCCCACCGGCAAACCAGGUCUCCCCGGAGUCCCAGGAGCAGACGGACCCCCAGGUCACCCAGGCAAGGAGGGUCCUCCUGGAGAGAAAGGAAGCCCGGGUCCUGCAGGGCCACAGGGUCCCAUUGGAUAUCCUGGUCCUCGGGGCAUCAAGGGUGCCGAUGGUGUUCGUGGUUUGAUGGGACACAAAGGUGAGAAGGGUGAAGAUGGAUUCCCAGGUUUCAAGGGUGACAUGGGAAUAAAGGGCGACAGAGGUGAGCUUGGUCCUGCAGGCCCCAGGGGAGAAGAUGGUCCAGAAGGUCCCAAAGGCCGUGUUGGGCCUGCUGGAGAUCCUGGUCCAGCUGGGCCAGCUGGUGAAAAGGGAAAGCUCGGAGUUCCUGGAUUGCCAGGAUAUCCAGGAAGACAAGGCCCAAAAGGUUCCAUCGGAUUCCCAGGAUUUCCAGGAGCGAAUGGUGAGAAAGGAGUGAGGGGCACUCCAGGAAAACCAGGCCCAAGAGGACAGAGAGGCCCAACGGGUCCCCGUGGUGAACGUGGCCCAAGAGGAUCCACUGGGAAAACCGGCCCGAAGGGUAGCUCAGGCAGUGACGGCCCACCCGGUCCUUCUGGUGAGAGGGGACCACCUGGACCUCAGGGACCAAUGGGAUUCGCUGGACCUAAAGGCCCCCCUGGCCCAGCUGGAAAAGACGGAUUACCUGGACACCCUGGGCAACGAGGUGAAACUGGUUUCCAAGGCAAGACAGGCCCACCUGGUCCUCCUGGUGUUGUUGGUCCUCAGGGUCCUACAGGAGAGACUGGUCCCCUCGGGGAACGUGGUCACCCAGGUCCACCUGGACCACCUGGAGAACAGGGCUUGCCAGGGUCUGCUGGGAAAGAGGGUGCAAAGGGUGACCCUGGUCCAGCAGGUCCUACCGGGAAGGAUGGUCCACCAGGUCUCAGAGGAUUCACUGGUGAGCGAGGACUUCCCGGACCCAUUGGUCAGAUCGGUUUGAAGGGCAGCGAAGGACCUCCCGGUCCCCCAGGUCCACUGGGUUCUCCAGGUGACCGUGGACAGGCUGGACCAGCAGGGCCAAUUGGUCUCCCCGGGCGACCUGGACCUCAGGGACCUCCAGGCCCUGCUGGUGAAAAGGGAGCCCCUGGUGAGAAAGGACCUCAGGGUCCAGCUGGUCGAGAUGGAAUCCAGGGUCCUGUAGGUCUCCCAGGUCCAGCAGGACCAGCAGGUCCACCAGGUGAAGAUGGAGACAAGGGUGAAGCUGGUGAGCCAGGACAAAAGGGCAGCAAGGGUGACAAGGGCGAGCAGGGUCCACCAGGUCCUUCAGGUCCUCAGGGCCCCAUUGGACAACCUGGACCAGCUGGUGCUGAUGGUGAACCUGGUCCCAGAGGGCAGCAAGGUCUCUUUGGCCAGAAAGGUGAUGAAGGCCCAAGGGGUUUCCUUGGUCCUCCUGGUCCAGUUGGUCUUCAGGGGUUACCUGGUCCUCAGGGUGAGAAAGGUGAAACAGGUGAUGUCGGACCAAUGGGUCCUCCUGGCCCACCAGGACCCAGAGGCCCAUCUGGCGCCCCAGGGGCAGAUGGUCCACAAGGUCCUUCGGGAGGAAUCGGUAAUCCAGGAGCUGUGGGCGAGAAGGGUGAUUCUGGUGAACCAGGUGCCCCAGGACCUCCAGGAUACAUAGGUCUGCCCGGACCAAAAGGCGAGCGUGGGGAGAAAGGUGAAGCCGGACCAUCUGGUGCUGCUGGGCCUCCUGGUCCUAAAGGUCCUCCUGGUGACGAUGGUCCUAAGGGCAGCCCUGGACCAGUUGGUUUCCCUGGUGAUCCUGGCCCUCCUGGUGAAUCUGGACCUCCGGGUCAAGAUGGACCAUCAGGAGAGAAGGGAGAAGAUGGUGAACCUGGACAGACUGGUUCUCCUGGUCCAACCGGUGAGGCAGGGCCACCUGGUCCUCCAGGAAAGAGGGGUCCUCAUGGUCCUGCAGGUCCUGAAGGAAGACAAGGAGAGAAGGGAGCCAAGGGAGAUGCUGGUGCAGAAGGUCCACCUGGUAAGACAGGUCCAGUGGGUCCACAGGGAUCACCAGGAAAACCCGGCUCUGAGGGUUUGCGAGGAAUUCCAGGUCCUGUUGGUGAGCAAGGUUUGCCCGGUCCUCCUGGGCCAACAGGUCCACCCGGCCCAAUGGGACCUCCUGGAUUGCCAGGCCUCAAGGGUGAUCCCGGUAUAAAAGGCGAGAAGGGUCACCCAGGCCUGAUCGGUUUGAUUGGGCCUCCAGGAGAACAGGGAGAGAAAGGUGACCGGGGUCUGCCAGGUCCUCAGGGAACCGAAGGUCCAAAAGGAGAUUCGGGUGUCCAGGGACAAUCUGGUCCUAUCGGUCCUCCAGGCCCUCCUGGGUUAACUGGUCCUCCUGGUCCUAAAGGGUCUAAAGGCUCCACUGGUUUAACUGGUCCCAAAGGUGAAACAGGAUUGCCAGGACCACCCGGUGUUCCUGGUCCCGCUGGAGACGUCAUCCAGUCCCUCCCUUUCCAGUCUUCAAAGAGAGCCAAACGUUCCAUUGAUGCAAGCCAAUUUUUAGAAGAGGGGAAUCCAGAGAACUACUUGGAUUAUGCUGAUGGCAUGGAGGAGAUCUUUGGUUCCCUGAACUCGCUGAAACUGGAGAUAGAACAGAUGAAGCACCCCAUGGGCACUCAGAACAACCCUGCACGGACCUGCAAGGACCUAUUCCUCUGCCACCCCGACUUCCCCGAUGGUGAGUACUGGAUUGAUCCAAACCAAGGCUGCUCCAGGGACUCGUUCAAGGUCCUCUGUAACUUCACAUCUGGAGGUGAAACCUGCAUCUUCCCGGACAAGAAAUCAGAAGGAAGCAAAAUGGCUCGCUGGCCGAAAGAGCAGCCUGGUGCAUGGUAUAGUCAGUACAAGCGAGGUGCCCUGCUUUCCUACGCAGACGCAGAAGGCAAUCCCAUCGGGGUGGUGCAGAUGACAUUCCUCCGGCUGUUGAGUGCGUCUGCCCAUCAGAACCUCACUUACAACUGCCAUCAGACAGUGGCCUGGUAUGACUCGACCACGGACAGUUACGACAAGGCCAUUCGCUUCCUGGGCUCAAAUGACGAGGAGAUGUCAUAUGACAACAACCCCUAUAUCCAAGCCAUCAUGGACAAAUGUGCAUCGAAGAAGGGUUAUCAGAAGACGAUAUUGGAAAUCAACACCCCCAAAGUGGAGCAGUUGCCGUUCAUCGACAUCAUGUUCAAUGACUUUGGAGAGUCGGGUCAGAAAUUCGGGUUUGAAAUUGGACCUGUCUGUUUCGUGGGAUAAAAGAAACCAAAUCGAAACUUUACUGAUUAAAAAAAUGCUAAACACACACGAACACACACACACACAAACACAAACAGAGGAAGAAUGAAAGUCUGCAAAGCGAACAACACUGUAACCUCAAUGUGCAGAUUUAAGACGUGCGAUCUCAGAGACUGCAGGGCAUGGAGCUGUUGUCCGACUCUAAAGUGCCUCCACGGAAAGGAAGACUUCAUCUCGUAAUGAACCUCUCGGCCAUCACCCCCUCCCCUAUCGCCACUGACCAGCCCGGCGAAAAAUUCGAUGGACCCAAACUAUUGAUUCGCAGCCCCGAGUUGCGCGGAGUCUCCACCUGAUCGCCCUGGCGGUCAGCCUCGGAAAGGCAGAGUCGGAGCUGGUGCUUCGGGGGCAUCUGACCCAGAGACGGCCCCCACUUCUUAACACCCGCCUCUGUCUUUCUGAUGCUGACCAAACGCUCUCUGUACUUCCUGCAGUUUUUUUUUAAUCUUACUUCAGAUUCAUAGUCUUUUUUAAGAAAAAAAAUCUCAUCAAAUAAAUGUCUUGAAUUGAA